AAGUUAAAACUGAAACUUAAAUCCGACUUGCUGCUUCGCAUAAGGGCGUUGUUCAAAUAUUUGGUACAAUCUGAGUUCGCGAAGAAAUAGGGUUAUAUUUUACAAUCACAUGUGUUUGUAAGAUGUAGUUCCAGCUCUGCAGAGUCCAGCUGCUCCAGGCUCAGGAUGGAUUCACAAUAUCUCGUCUUUUGGCUCAAAGUUUCUCUUUGUGUGUGGCUCAGUGACGCUGCGCCAGAAAACUUUGUGGUGUCUGUGGAUUCCAACGUGUCGGUCCACACCACGCAGACUGCAGUUUUACCAUGCUGGGUCAAUCCACAACAGAGCGCUGAAGACAUGGAGGUCUACUGGUUUCAUCGUGACAAAUUUGACGCUCCCAUUAUGCAGUACAAGGACAAGGCAAGUGUCCCUCUGCAAACUUACAGUGGCAGAGUUUCAUUUGGCCAGAAGCAUGCCUCCUCAACAGGUUUGAAGGAAGGAGACGUGACCCUUAUACUGGAAAAAGUCACAGUUGAGGAUGAAGGAAAAUACACGUGUUAUGUUAGCAGUGACAAGCAUCACAACAGGGCAAGUGUCAACCUCAUCGUGAAACAACUUGGAGCGUCACCUUUGCUGACACCAGUCGUGAAGGAAAACAACCAAAUCAAUGUGAGCUGUGAGUCGGACGGCUGGUACCCCGAGCCUCAGCUGCAGUGGUCCAGUGGUAAUACGCCGCUCACCCCUGAAGAUCUGGUCUACAGAAAAGCCUCGUCUGGCCUCUUUUCGGUCCACAGUUGGAUGAUUGUGCCCAGCUCCUCUGCACUGUCGUGUUCUGUGGGUUUACCUGGAGAAAAACUCAUGCAGGGAAAAAUUGACUUGAAUAACAUCAUUCCUCCAAAAAAAGAAGAUUCAGGGUCUUCAGGUGCAGGAUGGGUGCUAUUUGCAGUUACAUUAAUCGCACUUAUUGCCACACUGGGAUUUCUUUUGUUCAAGAAAUAUAGAGGUUCAGUUUCUAAACCUGCCAGUGCUGAAGAUCCAGGCGAAUCUCAGAAACUUCUUUCCACAGUUGUGAUAUCAGAUCUGGACGCAGCUAAAACACAUUAUGAGAACAUUGAGAUUGUGAAGAGUGAUAAUACAUAUGUUACAAUAAAAGGGAAUGUACUGAGAGAAAAUGGAGACGUUCAUUUUCCUGAUGGAGACAGAGUCACCUGUAUCACAGCUGUCAGAGGAACACCUGGAUUCACUUCUGGGAAGCACUACUGGGAAGUCUCUCUGGACGUAACUGGAAAUACAGAAAUUCCCCCCAAAAUGUCCUGGUGGAUUGGUGUAACAAGUCACUCACAGAUCCCCAAAGACCGUGAUCUUUCUCCAACAUUUGGUAAUGGUUUUUGGAGCCUUUCCUCUUCUCCUGAUAAAGCUGGAGUCUUAAAAUUCGGUUCAAAUCCUGAGAUUUUUAUCCCGAUUCAAGCCCAACCUGAAAAGAUUGGUGUGUUUUUAGAUUAUGACGGUGAAACACUCACAUUCUACAAUGUGCAAAAUAAAAGUCUCAUUGGCUGUUUCCGCACCAAAUUUUCAGGGGAGGUGUUUCCUCUUUUCAAUCCAGGUAAAGGGGACAAUGCGCCAAUGAAGAUUAUACACCUGGACAAAGGCUCUGAAAAUGAGACUAAUAAUGUUACAUAAAUCCAACUCAGAAUCCACCUCAAAAUCCCUCAGCAAGUCAAAAUGUACAGUUUUGGUAUCAUUGUCUAAUCUAAUGAUCAAAAGUGUUAAAUCCAGUGGCUCUUUUUUUUAUUAUGAUACGAUUAGUUAUAAUGUUUAGGAUUAGGACAUACCUGAACUGAGGUGAUUACACAGGGUAGGAUUAUCUUGACAGAUUUUUUACAUAAACAUUUAUAUAAAAAGUAAAACCAUGAAAGCCACUUAUUUUACUUUUAUUAUUUUAUGUGCGGUAGUCGAAAACCUGUUGCCACAAAUCCAGACAGAUCUCUCUGUAUCUUUUAUACAGAUUGAUAUGAGUCUGGUCCCACGUCCUUAAACCCGUCAAACCUGAUCGUCCAAUCAGAUCAGUUUAUUCCAGUGACACAUGUGAAAUGAAGGAGCUCAUUGGUCGUCUAUGAUUUACAAAUAAAAUCAAAUUUAUCUCACCUCAGAUUAAGAGAGUUUAGACUUUGGUCAUUGACUCUGCAGAAAUCCACCAUGUUCUUCAGCCCCGUGAUAUUUUUUCUUUAUUUUUUCCGAUAUGGACGGUCCAGUCUCACAGAUGAACACUGUUGUUGUGUCCUUGGGCAAGACACUUAACCCACCUCGCCCCUAGUGUCUGUGUGCACUGGUGUAUGAAUGUGUGAGUGAUUCCUUAAAUGCAUUCAAGAUGGAAAAGCGCGAUAUAAAAUUCUGACCAUUUACCAUUUACCAUGCAUGUCUCUGAUUGGCUAAUCCACCUGUCAAUCACGCCCAUUUGAAAACGAGGGGAUUCACCAGUGACCAGACUCACAUGUUCAUAAAGUAUGAAACAAGUGUGUGUUCUGGAUCACAGGGAAUAAAACCUGUGCACUCUACAAAAUACUUACCGUAAAUUUGGGACUAUAGAGCGCUCCUGAAUAUAAGCCACAGGUUUUCAUAUUGUAACGCGAGAUAUUUACGCAGAAAGAUGAUGCACGGACACGGUUUUUUUAAACUGUGCUUGAAAAUUGGCACCGACACGACAUCAACACGGGAUGAACACACCUGCAGGUUUAGGAAAUAAAGCUGCACCAACACGGGGCCUCUGCUUUUAUUUCCUUUUGUCGUCUUUUUACAUUGACCAAGUUGGAUUCAUUGAUGCCGAGCUCACGUGCAGUGGCUCUAUUUCCUUCUUUAAUGGUCAAACUUACGUGCAGUGGCUCUAUUUCCUUCUUUAUCUUAAAAACUGCAUCGUGUCCAUUUCUUCGUGUGUUUUCCAUGAUGCGCAAAGUGACCGUUCAAAAUCAAAACUAGUGAAUUCUUCAGAGCAUAAUCUUUCCCCACGUCUGUCUCACUUUUACAUUUACAGCUAGAGAGCGCCCCCCGGUGGCUGUUAUCCAGUAAAAUUCUAUAAAUACUGCACUGUUGUAUCGGCCGCAGGGUUCAAAGCGUGGGGAGAAAAAGUCGUGGCUUAUAGUCCAAAAUUUACGGUAUACUAACGAUAAGAGUUUGCAGUUGGUCGACUAAUCGUUUUAUUUAGAUAUAAUAAGUUUUUCUAUGGGGCAACAGGAGAAAAGAAAAAAAAGUGAGUGAGUGAGCUUGAAGAUUUGAUUUUUUAAAUAUAUUUAUGUGUAAAAAGUCAGAUUAAACUCAUGAUUUAAUGGUUUAAUCUGUUUUUUAUGUAAGUGCACUGCUUCCUCGUGCUGUUUUUGCUUGACUCUGGUGCUGUUGUGUCUUGUGCUGUCAGUGCAGUUUGGGUCAGAUACAUAAACACUUUUGCCCCGCCCCCUCGUUUAGCGAAUAAUCGAUCAGCAGGACAAGUUUUCUGAAGUCGACUACAGCCGUACUUUAAGGUGCACUGUGGAACAUUUGUCCACAUGGAAAUGCUACAGCUUUGUCUAGAACGUUCCGCAGUAUAAACGAAAUCCGUCCAUCCCACGGGAGACAAGCACGACGCUACGUUACAGUUCAGAUCUGUGGAGCGUCGCCCGUAUUCACAGAAGGAACCGAUGUAUUUUUAAGCAGCACAAACGCCCAUAAUAAACCAAUUCCAGAUGGAUAUGUUUAAUGUCGUACCGUGAAACAUUCCAGGCAAAGCAAUAACAUCUCCAUGGAGACAAGUAGGUCGUGAAUCUCCAGAAAAGUUACGCAGUGCACCUUAAAUAGUCCAGUCUGAAUGAAGUCUUGGAUCGAUAAAUGCUCAUAAUUCUCUCAAUUAUGGAGCCUACAAAAAGAUCAACGUCUUCUCUGUCAGCAGAAUUGCACAUAUAUCUAUAUUUUUUAUUUCAUUUGAAGGAUUGUAAGACGUAAGUUUAAUGUGACGAAUUUGUGCUGCCUCUUCUUAACACAUAUAAGGUUAAACACCGGCUGAUCAUGAUGUUUUGAACGUCGUUAAACUCUUGAUCAAGCACACGACCUCUUAGUGUCAGAGAUGUAAGAAGAAAAAGGGUCACAGACAGUUAUUUUGAAUGUAUCCUGUAAAAAAAAAAGUUGUAUUUUUUGUAUGUAUUUCAUUUUAUGUGAUGAACUAACAAUGUAGUUAAGUGUGUCAUGAUUAUUAUUAUAUCGACGGUUUGUUCAAUAUGUGAUUAGAUGGAAUAGUAAUGUUUGGGAGUCAGUUUAUCGUGGACUCGUUUAGUUUGUUCUGCAGUUGUUAUUUUUCUGUUGUAUGAGAUUUGAGCUGUAGAUGUUUGAAAAUAUAACUUGGUUGAAUCAUUAUCGAUACAAACCAACUCUUUUUACUUUGUUUAUCCAGCUUUAGGAUUAUUGUGUCAGUGAUAUUUAGUUUUAAUAUUAACAUUUGUCGUUAAAACUGGAAGUACAUUUCAUCAUUCUAAUACAUUUUAUAUAGUUUUGUUUUAUAGUGCUGUUUUUGCAGUUUGUUUUUUGCUUGUUUUGUAUAAAUAAACAAAAAAUUGCCAUGUUCUUGUCCAUUUGGUUUAAAGUCAGAAAUCCAGUUUGAAAAAACAUUAAAUAAUGUCAUACAUUUUAAUAAGUACAGGUAGCAUUUACAUUAUAUACACCAUUACACAAUACUGACUUUAUAACAAGUUUUCAUGUAUUUACACUGUGAAUGUGAACAUAUGUUGCAACAAAUAAAGAAAUGAUAUACA